AUGCUAGCGCAUGUACAGGCCGCCCUGGGCUGGCCAUCUUGCCGCUCCAGACGGGUCUGUAGGCCGGGCCGGGACAGUCGCAUGCCCAUUCUGGCCAAAUGUCACGUACAGUCCUCUCUGGGGCUGACGAAUUGUGACCUCUCUCACACUUGCAACUCUUUCUCCUCGACGUCGUCAUCACGACAAUUCACGUCUCAACGAUAA